CGACCAUCGAUAAAGAAGCAGUCCUUAUCAUUGUCGAGCUGCGCCGCUGUACAUCUCAUGGCCUAUCUUGAUACGCGCGCUUCCACGUCGUGUUGAUCAUAUAAGAUGAAGUAAAGGCCAUCACUCAGCAUUGUACAUUAAUUUAUACAUCGACCAGUGAUUUCUGGAGAACAACUCGAAAUGGCAGUCGUAACCAAGUUCAGAGAAUAUCUGAGCCCUGGUGGCAGCUCGCAGGGUGAGCGGAAGUUGGUCCAAAAGCUUGACUUUUUCAUUCUCACCUUCUGUUGUUUGAUGUACUUCUUGAAUUAUCUUGAUAGAAGUAACCUCACCAACGCAUAUGUCUCUGGCAUGAAGGAGGACCUCAACUUCAAGGGCAACGAACUCACACAAAUCAAUACUGUGUUCACUGUCGGUUAUGUCAUCGGACAGAUACCAUCCAACAUCGCUUUGUACUAUAUCAAGCCUCGCAUCUUCUUUCCAUCUAUGUUGAUACUAUGGGGCUCACUUACUAUGGUCACUGCCGCCACUCACAACCCUCAAUCUAUCAUGGCCAUUCGCUUCUUCCAAGCUUUGGCAGAAUCCAGCACAUUUGUCGGGACACACUACAUCCUCGGAGCGUGGUACACUGAGAGAGAGCUUGGUAAACGCAGCGGUAUUUUCACCGCAUCUGGUCUCGCAGGUACUAUGAUUGGAGGAUUCAUCCAGACGGGCAUUCACUCCUCGAUGGAUGGACUACAAGGACUAGCAGGGUGGAGAUGGCUCUUCAUCAUAGACGGCCUCAUCUGUAUACCCGUUGCCAUCUACGGCUUCCUUCUCUUCCCAGACACGCCUUCAACCACCAAGGUACCCUAUCUUUCCGAAGCCGAACGCGAGCUCGCUCGUUCUCGUGUCCCUCGACACGUCAAGCGCGCACCUUUCAACUGGUCCUUUGUCAAACGAGUCUUUGGCUCCUGGUACUUCUACGGCUUCGUCAUGCUCUGGAUCAUCGCCGGCGAAACCGAAUCAUUCUCAUCAAAUUCGCUUCUCGCCCUCUACAUGAAAGCGCACCCAGAACGCAAAUACGCAGUCUCACAACUCAACAACUAUCCCACUGGUGUCCCAGCCGUCGGCAUCAUCUCCACAAUCUUCUGGGCCACACUCACAGAUUUUCUCGGCGGUAAAAGAUAUCUGGUUGGCUAUUGGAUUGGUCUUACUGGUAUCAUUACAUCAGCCAUGAUCCUCGCGCCUUCUGCGACCACGGCAUCCACAUUCGCAGCAUACUACUGGGCCGGCUCCGUCUAUGCCUGCCAAGCGACCUUUUUCGCUUGGGCAAACGACGCCCUCCGCUACGAAGAAGACUCCCUCCGCGCCGUCGUCAUUGCCUCCAUGAACGCAGGUUCCGGCGCCGUAAACGCAUGGUGGUCUAUAAUUUUCUACUCUGCAAAUUACGCACCCAAAUUUACGAGGGGGAUGUGGGCGAUGAUUGGAUGUUCUAUUGCGUUGGUCAUUUGGACGGCGGGGGUUACGUGGAUGUGUGUGCGGACGGAGAAGAAGCGGUGGAGUCAUGGUGUUGAGGCUGAUGUUGGAGAUGGGGAGGAGGCUGUUAGUGUUGAUGAAGGUGUUGGAGAAAAGGCUUGAGUGGUUUUGUAGUGCUAUACGCUUGACUCGGAUGAGUUUUCUUCCACUGCUGAAGGCUAGGUAUUUUGUAAGGAUGCUUUUAAUAUCGCUAUGAUUGUCUGAAGAGAGCAUAAAUCUCCAACUUAGCUCCAUCUCU